AUGAAGCAAAAUGGGACUCGACUAUGUUAUUUUGUAAGAGAGGUACCUUCUACAAGCUUUGUUUCUGCACCUGCUAACCAUAAGCGCGCAAGCAGUCAUUGCACUUAUACCAUCCCUGCAGCGUCGGCACUGACCGUGCUGUACUAUCCAUUCUUCACUGCACAAGAUCGAUGCAAGAUAUGCAUCCUAAUUACGAUUGCCAUACUCGCGACGCUCCCGUGGGAUUCCUACCUCAUACGGUCCGCUAUCUGGACUUAUCCGCCAGACGCAGUAGUCGGCCUCAAGAUACUUGAUAUUCCAAUUGAAGAGGUUUUCUUUUUCGCCAUACAGACAUACAUCACGAGCUUGACAUACUGUGUCUUCACUAAGCCGCUUGUGCGACCCAUGUACCUUCGGUCACAUCUGGAGAGACGUGGAACAAGAAAUGUGGUAGCAACAGUCAUUUUGGCAUUGAUGGGUGGUGGGACAGCGUGCUUGCUGUUGGGACGGCGUAUGACUUACCUGGGCCUGAUUCUGGGGUGGGCCUGCCCUAUCCUGCUAUUUCAGUGGAUGUUGUCUUAUCCUUUACUAUCCGAACUUCCCUGGAAACCAAUAAUCGCCUCAAUCUGCCUUCCCACGCUACACCUCUGGGUUGCAGAUUCACGUGCUCUGGGAACUGGGACUUGGAGGAUCGAGGAGGGCACAAAAUUGGACUUUCAACCAGUCAGAACUACCUGUGCAUUGUUAGACGUCGGAUCUAACAGUAACAGAGAAGCGCUCUUUUUUCUGGUGACCAAUAUGAUGGUCGUGAUAGGACUGAUUGGGUGUGACUACGCAUACGCUCUCCAAGAAUACGAAUUCCUGUCACAGCCAGCGUCAGACACCUACAUCACAUUAAGAAGAGCACUUUCCUUAUUGGCCAGGCCGCUUCCAAUUGACGCAUCUCUCAAAACUGCAUUGUCCCAGGCUGUAUAUUGUCUGCAAGAGAAGAGUCAGAGCAUGUUUCUCGGCAGCGCAUUAUUCCAGGGUCAGCUGCGCAUUGAUCUGAUAUUCCUGUACUCCUUCUGCCGCGUCAUGGAUGAUCUCAUUGACGAAGCCGAGGAUGAACAGGAGGCCAGAUUUUGGGUUACAGAGUGCAGGCACCUCCUAGAUUCAACCCAUCGCAGUGAACCACAUUCCGACCACUUUUACACUGGUAAAAAGGUGGAAGAAUAUGAGAGGCUACGUCAAUCUAUCGGCUACCUUCCUCCCUCUCAUCUAUCUAAUGACUCUUUCUAUGAUCUUUUAAAAGGGUUUGAGAUCGACCUCAAAUUCAGUCCCCAGAGAGAAGCUUUCCCGAUCCAGUCAGAGUACUGUCUAGAUCAAUACGCAGGAUUUGUAGCUGGUACGGUCGGUGUACUAGUCUUCGACCUUACCUUAUUCCAUUGCGGUCAUUAUUAUGUCCAAGAUGUACCGCGGUUGAGGCGAGCGGCCAAGGACAUGGGUAAAGCCAUGCAAUGUAUCAAUAUCGCACGUGAUAUCCAUCGCGAUGCAGCAAUCGGACGAGUAUACAUUCCUACAACAUGGUUAGGCGAAGUGGGCCUUGCUCCGGGAGAUGUAUUACGAUGUCCCAACUCCCCGAUCGCGUAUGAUCUACAGGAGAGAAUGCUGCAAAAAGCAGAUGAAUAUUAUCAGAUCAGCCGAGGGGCGAUGGAGGAGCUACCUCGGGGCGUAAGAGAGCCAGUUCGGGCAACCGUGGCGAGCUAUAUGGAUAUUGGUCAACUGCUGAGGGAGCGGAAAGGCACAAGCCUGGCGCAAGCGUCGAAGAUGAAGGUGCCUUUGGUGCGACGGCUAAAAGUUGGUUGGCUGGCGAUGUUGUAA